AAGAAAAAUAAAACUUAAUUUCGUAUUUCUUUAUUUUAGGGGAAAAAAAAUAGCAUCUAUGCUUUCGUCUACCAAUUUUUUUAAUAUAUAUCUUUUUCAUAUUAAUUUCACCCCGAAAAUUUCAGUGCUUGUUUAGUUGUUAUUCAAAAAAUUUCCCUAUAAACAGAUUCGGUGUGGCUGUUAAAUCUCGUCACUGUCCUGGUUUGGGUUCCCGCGAAAUUCCUGAAGCUCCUCUUUCCAGAUCGCUGGAAAAUCGUGCACUCUACGGAUUUCUAUUGUUUUAGCAGAAAAUGAGUAGCUUGGUGGAGAGGCUUCGUGUAAGAUCAGAUCGCAAGCCAAUUUAUAAUAUUGAUGAGUCAGAUGAUGAUGCUGAUUUUUUGCCAAGAAAAUCUGGGACAACACAGGAAAAAUUAGAGAGGAUAGUGAGAAGUGAUGCGAAAGAAGAUUCAUGUCAAACUUGUGGAGAAAGUGAAAAUCUUCUGAGCUGUGAAACUUGCACAUAUGCUUACCAUCCUAGAUGUUUAGUUCCACCACUUAAAGGUCCCCUUCCAGGCAAUUGGAGGUGCCCUGAAUGUGUUAGCCCACUUAAUGAUAUUGAUAAGAUAUUAGAUUGUGAGAUGCGUCCCACUGUAGCCGCUGACAAUGAUGCCACAAAAUUAGGGUCAAAGCAAAUUUUUGUCAAACAAUAUCUUGUUAAGUGGAAGGGACUAUCAUAUUUACAUUGCACAUGGGUGCCAGAGAAAGAGUUUUUGAAAGCAUUCAAAACUCAUCCUCGUCUUAAGACCAAAGUGAACAACUUCCAUCAAAAAAUGGCAUCUGUCAAUACUUCUGAUGAAGACUUUGUUGCUAUUCGACCUGAAUGGACUACGGUUGAUCGAAUACUUGCUUGCAGGGGUGGUGAUGAUGAGCGAGAAUAUCUUGUGAAGUGGAAAGAGCUUCCUUAUGAUGAAUGCUAUUGGGAGUUUGAGUCGGAUAUUUCUGCAUUUCAGCCAGAAAUAGAAAGAUUCAAUAGAUUUCGGUCUAGAUCCAGCAAAUUUUCUUCUAGUAAACAAAAAAGCAGUGUUAAGGAUGAUGCUGAAUUGAGGAAACAUCAGAAAGAAUUUCAACAAUAUGAACAUAGCCCUGAGUUUCUUUCAGGUGGUACACUUCACCCAUAUCAGCUUGAAGGCUUGAACUUCCUACGAUUCUCUUGGUCCAAGCAAACUCAUGUUAUACUUGCUGAUGAAAUGGGACUGGGAAAAACCAUUCAAAGCAUUGCUUUCUUAGCAUCCCUUUUUGAAGAGGGCGUCUACCCCCAUCUAGUGGUUGCUCCACUUUCAACAUUGCGAAACUGGGAACGUGAAUUUGCAACAUGGGCACCUCAAAUGAAUGUGCUUAUGUAUGUUGGAUCUGCCCAAGCUCGCAGUGUCAUAAGAGAGUAUGAAUUUUACUUUCCGAAGAAACAGAAGAAGAUCAAGAAAAAGAAAUCUGGUCAGAUAAUUAGUGAAAGCAAGCAAGAAAGGAUCAAGUUUGAUGUCCUUUUGACUUCAUAUGAAAUGAUCAACUUUGACACAGCAUCAUUGAAACCUAUAAAAUGGGAGUGCAUGAUAGUUGAUGAAGGUCACCGUCUCAAAAAUAAAGAUUCAAAAUUAUUUUCUUCAUUGAAGCAGUAUUCUAGCAGACAUCGUGUUCUCUUGACUGGAACUCCUCUUCAGAACAACUUGGAUGAACUUUUUAUGCUUAUGCACUUCCUUGAUGCUGGGAAGUUUGGAAGUUUAGAGGAGUUCCAGGAAGAGUUUAAGGAUAUCAAUCAAGAGGAACAGAUCUCAAGGCUUCAUAAGAUGUUGGCCCCACAUCUCCUGCGAAGAGUGAAGAAAGAUGUCAUGAAGGAGCUACCACCUAAAAAGGAACUUAUUCUACGUAUUGAAUUGAGCAGCAAACAGAAAGAAUAUUAUAAGGCGAUUUUAACCCGUAAUUAUCAGAUAUUAACUCGUCGUGGUGGUGCACAGAUUUCUCUUAUCAAUGUUGUUAUGGAACUGCGUAAGCUCUGUUGUCAUCCUUACAUGUUAGAAGGAGUUGAACCAGAUAUUGAUGAUCCAAAAGAAUCAUACAAACAGUUGCUGGAAUCAUCGGGAAAGUUGCAAUUGCUGGACAAGAUGAUGGUGAAGCUUAAAGAGCAAGGACAUAGAGUCCUCAUAUAUUCCCAAUUUCAGCACAUGCUGGACUUGCUUGAGGAUUACUGUUCUUACAAGAAUUGGCAGUAUGAGAGGAUAGAUGGCAAGGUUGGUGGAGCUGAAAGACAAGUUCGCAUAGAUCGUUUUAAUGCCAAAAAUUCUUCAAGAUUUUGCUUUCUGCUUUCUACUAGAGCUGGGGGAUUGGGGAUAAACCUUGCAACUGCUGACACAGUUAUUAUAUAUGAUAGUGAUUGGAAUCCUCAUGCUGAUUUACAAGCUAUGGCUAGAGCUCAUCGACUUGGACAAACUAACAAGGUGUUAAUUUAUAGGCUUAUAACACGAGGAACUAUUGAAGAAAGGAUGAUGCAGAUGACUAAGAAGAAAAUGGUGUUGGAACACCUAGUUGUAGGGAGGCUAAAGGCUCAAAAUAUCAACCAGGAAGAGUUGGAUGACAUCAUAAGGUAUGGUUCAAAAGAGUUAUUUGCAGAUGAGAAUGAUGAAGCAGGCAAAUCCCGUCAAAUCCAUUAUGAUGCUGCUGCUAUUGACAGAUUGCUAGAUCGUGAUCAAGUUGGAGAUGAAGAGGCUACUUUGGAUGAUGAAGAAGAAGAUGGAUUUUUGAAGGCCUUUAAGGUUGCAAAUUUUGAGUAUGUUGAUGAGGUUCAGGCUGCAGCAGAAGAAGAGGCAGCACAAAAAAGAGCAAUGGAGACUCUGAACAGUUCAGAAAGAACGCAUUACUGGGAGGAGUUGUUAAAAGACAGGUAUCAAGAGCAUAAAGUUGAGGAGUUUAAUGCCUUAGGCAAAGGGAAGCGAAACCGCAAGCUGAUGGUUUCUGUUGAGGAGGAUGACCUUGCUGGUCUGGAAGAUGUAAGCUCUGACGGGGAAGAUGACAAUUAUGAAGCAGAUCUUACAGAUGGUGAUUCAAAUUCUACUGGAACUGCUACUAUUAGAAGGCCUUAUAAAAAGAAAGCACGUGCAGCAGAUAGCACAGAGCCACUUCCUCUGAUGGAAGGGGAAGGAAAAGCAUUCAGAGUGCUUGGUUUUAAUCAAAAUCAGAGGGCUGCAUUUGUGCAAAUUUUGAUGAGGUUUGGAGUUGGUGAUUUUGAUUGGAAGGAGUUUACUUCCCGGAUGAAGCAGAAGACUUAUGAAGAAAUCAAAGAUUAUGGAACCCUUUUCCUGUCUCAUAUUGCUGAAGAUAUAACUGAUUCCUCUACAUUCACAGAUGGUGUUCCCAAAGAAGGACUCCGAAUCCAAGAUGUACUUGUUAGGAUUGCAGUUCUGCUCUUGAUAAGGGACAAGGUGAAGUUUGCAUCACAACAUUCUCAAACAACAUUGUUUUCGGAUGACAUCUUAUUACGCUAUCCAGGUUUGAAGGGUGCAAAGAUAUGGAAGGAGGAGCAUGAUUUAGUUUUACUGCGUGCUGUUUUGAAGCAUGGGUAUGGAAGGUGGCAAGCUAUUGUUGAUGAUAAGGAUCUGAAGAUUCAGGAGGUCAUAUGCCAGGAGUUGAAUCUUCCCUUUAUAAAUUUACCAGUGCAAGGACAAGUUGGCUCUCAGGCACAAAAUGGAGCAAAUUUGACAAAUGCGGAAGUACCCAGCAAUCAAUCUAGGGAAAAUGGUGGGGGUGACAUAACUGCGGAUGGUGCACAAGGUUCUGGUGAUGCUAGGAACCAAGCACAGUUAUAUCAGGACUCCUCCAUAUUAUAUCAUUUUAGAGACAUGCAGAGAAGACAGGUUGAGUUUAUAAAAAAGAGGGUUCUUCUCUUGGAAAAAGGGCUUAAUGCAGAGUAUCAGAAAGAAUAUUUUGGUGAUCCUAAAGCAAAUGAAGUAACAAAUGAAGAACUGAAAAGUGAACUCAAGGCUACAAAUAUUCCUAGUUAUAAAUUAGGGGACACAGACACCCAAAUGAUUGAUCAUCUGCCGCAAGUUGAAACAAUAGCUUCUGAAGAAAUUUUGGUUGCUUGUGAUAAUGAUCCAAAUCGACUGGAAUUAGUUCGACUUUACAAUGAGAUGUGCAAGGUAGUGGAGGAAAACCCCAUGGAUUUAGUUCAAACUUCUUUGACAAGAGAACCAGCAGAGAUCAAUGGGGUUAAGAAUUUCCCUCCGCUAGAAACCAUUUGUGAAGAAAUCAACAGAAUUCUAACACCCGCACAAGAACAACCUAUUUCAGAAAUGCCAAUAUCAAAUUCAGAUAACAAAUCAGAGGUUAUAUCACACGGUGAAGUUGUGGGCUCCAAGUCGCUGCCAAUCCCUCAAGAUGACAGCAAACGUGAUGAUUCAACGGACAACCAGAGUAAAGAUAUGAUAAUAGAAUCUGAACUUAAAAACGAAAGCAGCUCAAGCUUGGUAAAAGAAAUUAAUGAAACACCGAGUCUUCCGGAGAAAGAGGAAAGUAAUACAGAAAUGGAUGAAACUAAGAAUGAUGCUCCGUUGAAUGAAAACCCAGAGAAAUCUGAUGCUGGGGUCAUUGUAUUGGAUGAUUAAACGCAAUAUCUAAGUAGACAGAAAUUUGUUGUACCUUGUAACAUAAUAGUCUCAAUCAACAUUUUUUAACUCAUUAGAAGUCAAGUAGAUUAAAAACUAAAAGGCACUAUCUAGCAUAUUCUGAGUUAUUAAAUCCCGUGCAACUAACUCGAUUAGAAAUUGUUAAUUUUCGUGAGUUGUUGCCCUGAUUUCUCUUUUCUAAGGAAUUGAAUUGAAGUCAAUUGUAUACUACACGAUACGUUACCCUUGAUUUCUCGUUAAUGAAACUAAUUAUUAUAAUUAUCCGU